UUAUUGAGUUCGCAAACAAAGUCCAAUUUGUUCUUGCUUCAGUCGAGCUCAUCUUCCCUCUUCUUGAGUCAUGUCAAUCUCUCAUCUCAUCGCCGCUUUGCCUUUUGCCUGACGACCGGAUUCCGCAAGCGUCCGUCGCGAGGCUAUUUUUGGCGGGUACCUGAUUGCAACCAAACCUAAUUGGUUUAUCUUUGGGGGCAAAUUAGUCAUGUAUGUUUUAUCUUGGGGUAGUAAGUCACCCAUUAUAGGGAGACAUGCUCCAGUGUCAAGUUGUACUGUAUGCCUGAAACUGAUCUGCUCCACCGGUCAUUCUAUUGCUCCGCCUCAACCACUGCCUUCUAUACCUCUGUAAAUAAAUAUAAAUACGUAUACUUCUGAUAUUGAUAAACACCAAUUAACACUAUGAAAUUCCAAAUUGAGGAUGUGACUGUCUACUUCCCAUAUGACAAUAUUUAUCCAGAGCAGUAUUCAUAUAUGGUGGAGCUAAAACGUGCUUUAGAUGCCAAGGGACACUGCCUGCUAGAAAUGCCAACAGGCACCGGGAAGACCAUAGCACUGCUGUCCUUAAUCACAAGCUACACUCUUUCCAAGCCACAGACCCAACUGAAGCUAAUCUACUGCACACGCACUGUGCACGAGAUGGAGAAAACCCUUGCCGAGCUCAAACUGUUGCACAAUUAUCAAAUCAAGCAUUUGGGACCUGCCGCAAGGAUUUUGGCCAUUGGAUUGUCGUCAAGAAAGAAUCUUUGUGUGAAUCCAACAGUUCUGUCAGCCGAGAAUCGGGAUUCAGUGGAUGCUGCUUGUAGGAAGCUCACAGCAAGUUGGAUUAGGGCUAUGGCUGCAGAGAAUCCCAAUGUACCAACUUGUGAGUUCUUUGAGAACUAUGAAAGGGCGGCAUCUUCAGCAGUGUUGCCACCUGGAGUUUACACUCUUCAGGAUCUGAGAGCAUUUGGAAAGGAAAAAGGAUGGUGCCCAUAUUUCUUGGCAAGGCAUAUGGUGCAGUUUGCAAAUGUGGUGGUCUAUAGUUACCAGUACUUGCUUGAUCCAAAGGUAGCUGGUAUCAUAUCAAAGGAAAUGCAAAAGGAGUCUGUUGUGGUGUUUGAUGAGGCACAUAAUAUUGAUAAUGUGUGUAUCGAAGCCCUUAGCGUUAGCAUACGAAGGCAGACACUUGAUGGGGCUUCCAGAAAUCUCUCAAGAAUCAGUCAGGAGAUUGAGAGGUUCAAGGCCACCGAUGCUGGUAGGUUGCGUGCUGAAUACAACCGGCUUGUUGAGGGUUUGGCGCAACGAGGAAACCUAGCUGCCGCAGAUACAUGGCUUGCAAAUCCUGCCUUGCCUGAUGAUAUUCUGAAGGAGGCAGUUCCUGGAAAUAUUCGUCGAGCAGAGCAUUUUCUGCAUGUCUUGCGUAGGUUGGUUCAAUACCUGAGAGGCCGGCUGGAAACAGAGAAUGUUGAGAAGGAAAGUCCAAUUAGCUUUAUUACAUCUUUAAACUCUCAUGCUGUGAUUGACCAGAAAACGCUGAAGUUUUGUUAUGAUCGCCUACAUUCACUUAUGUUGACACUGGAGAUAACAGACACAGAUGAGUUCUUGCAUAUCCAGACGAUAUGUGACUUUGCAACGCUUGUGGGGACUUAUAGUCGCGGAUUUUCCAUCAUAAUCGAACCUUUUGAUGAGAGAAUGCCACAUAUUCCUGACCCCGUAUUGCAGCUUAGCUGCCAUGAUGCUUCUCUUGCCAUAAAGCCGGUAUUUGACAGGUUCCAGUCAGUUGUGAUUACUUCUGGAACUCUGAGCCCGAUUGAUCUCUACCCUCGUCUUCUUAACUUCCAUCCAGUUGUUAGUCGAAGCUUUACAAUGUCCUUGACUAGAGAUUGUAUAUGCCCAAUGGUUCUCACUCGUGGAAGUGACCAACUCCCAAUAAGCACCAAAUUUGAUAUGAGAAGCGAUCCAGGUGUUGCAAGGAAUUAUGGGAAGCUCUUGGUGGAGAUGGUCUCUAUUGUUCCGGAUGGAAUUGUAUGUUUUUUUGUCAGUUACUCAUACAUGGAUGGAAUUAUCAACAGCUGGAAUGAAACUGGAAUUCUUAAGGACAUAAUGCAACAUAAGCUUGUCUUUAUUGAGACCCAGGAUGUAGUGGAAACUACAUUGGCUCUUGACAACUAUCGCAGGGCAUGUGAUUGUGGGAGAGGUGCAGUUUUUUUCUCUGUUGCUAGGGGAAAAGUAGCUGAAGGAAUAGAUUUUGAUCGACACUAUGGUAGACUAGUGAUCAUGUUUGGUAUUCCUUUCCAGUAUACAUUAAGCAAAAUAUUAAUUUCACGGUUGGAGUAUCUACGGGACACAUUUCAAAUAAAGGAAGGCGAUUUCCUAACGUUUGAUGCUUUGAGACAAGCAGCUCAAUGUGUUGGCCGAGUGAUCAGGUCGAAGGCUGAUUAUGGGAUGAUGAUAUUUGCUGAUAAAAGAUAUAGCCGUCAUGACAAGCGCUCAAAGUUGCCUGGCUGGAUACUGUCACAUUUGCGUGAUGCAAACCUGAAUUUGAGCACUGACAUGGCUUUGCAUAUAGCACGUGAGUUUCUUCGGAAGAUGGCUCAACCAUAUGAUAAGACCGGAGUAAGCGGUCGAAAAACCUUGUUGUCACAAGAAGACUUGGAAAAGAUGGCCGAAAGUGGACUGCAGGAAAUGUUGUAUUAGUACUUUAUUAUGAUAGAAAUUUUCAGGUAGAUGGGUUGUCUGGGCCAUUCGAUCUGAUUCCAAUUUUGAUAAGCAUAAAGAGACGGUUUUUGGUUUGGAUUAUGGUGUUGAUUAUAUGACAUGCUAUGGAGAAAGAGGCAGAUUGUUCUCCAAAUUCACCAGGGUCACUGUACUAAUUUUGACUGAAUGUUUUGUAAUAUUAACCUAGGUAAAUUCUCUGAUUUUGAUUCAAUUCAAUGAGAUUUGUUGACCUUUUGAAUUAUUGGGAUGGGAUCUGCCAGUUCCUGUAUGUCUAUUCGAUGGACAAAUACAUUGAUUUUAAUGGUUAGUGAUAUGCAUAUGAAUGCCCAUUUUUGGUA